AUGAUUGUGUUUAUUAUUAUGCAACGAUUCACUAUAUUUCUACAUGCGAGCAGUAAAAGACUUUCGAAAGUACAGUUUUGUAGUUUUACACGACUGAAUUUUUACAAGUUUUCUUCCGAACCAAGUAGCAAAUCUUUGUCGCAGUUGCGAUACAGGCUCUAUUCUGUGCUUCUAGACAAAGACAGCGAAAAGGGAAAUACUAGUAACAGUAGCAAUAUUAUAAGAGAUAAUUCAUCGAAACAACCAAGAAUGAAUAUAAAAUUGAAUGAAGAAGAAGCAAAAGUAUGCGAAAUACUUAACAAUGUAACCGAUUCUUUGAAAAAGUCGAGACCUGAUCUUAAUUUGACCUUGAGAAUAGCAGGCGGUUGGGUUCGCGAUAAACUCCUUGGAUUAGAAUGCAAUGAUUUAGAUAUCGCCCUAAGCUCCUUAAUGGGCUACGAAUUCGCUGAAAUUGUGAACGAUUACUUGCGUGAAAAUGGAUACCCGACCAGUGGCAUCGGUAAAAUCGAAACGAAUCCCGAUCGAUCCAAACACUUACAAACGGCUGCGACUAAAAUCUUGGGUCUCGAAGUUGAUUUUGUUAAUUUGAGAAACGAGACGUAUCAGGAAGAUAGUCGAAUUCCUAAUGAAAUCGCGUUUGGUACGCCAGAAGAAGACGCGUUACGUCGUGAUAUCACUAUUAACGCGUUGUUUUAUAAUAUACAUACACACCAAGUGGAGGAUUUAACUGGGAAGGGUUUAUCGGAUUUAGAAUCCGGAUUAAUUCGUACUCCACUUUCGGCAUAUCAAACAUUCAAAGAUGAUCCACUUCGUGUUAUUCGCUGUAUACGAUUCGCCAGCCGAUUUCAUUUUAAAAUCGCAGAAGAAAUCAGAGAGACAAUUAAAAAUGAAGAGAUACGCGCUGCUCUAAUGUCAAAGAUUAGUAGAGAGCGCGUCGGAAUUGAAGUUGACAAGAUGAUUAAAGGACCUGAUCCUCCAUACUCUUUCGAGCUUAUUCACUCUUUAGAUCUCUUCAAUAUUAUAUUUACUCAGCCACCGGAAGAACUUGUGAUUGGUAAUAUAGAAGAUCCUAUUAAAGGAGUGAAUUCAUCAAAAAUUAUAAGAUGGCUCCUUUCAACCACACAAAACAAACUCGAUAUUUUUCCUCGACCUGCAGAAGAAAUCAGGUCACUUUAUCUGGCCUCUAUUCUCACACCUUACACGAGUAUGUUGGUAAAAGAUCGUAAGAAAGAAGUUCCCGCUGCUGCUUAUGUGAUCAGAAAUAGUUUAAAAUUGCCUAAUCAAGAUAUUGACACCACAAUUAAGCUGUUUGCUCCAAUAGAAUCUUUACAUAACGCAGCACAUAAAAACGAAGAGAUCUCUUUGGAUAGGCCUCACUUAGGGCUCAUUAUCCGUGAAAUCGGUAAUAAGUGGCCGAUGGCAUUAAUUUUGAGUGUUGCUAUAGAACUUUUGCCAGAAUUGGAGAGUAUAAAAUCUAGAAAUCCUAAUGAAAAUGUUUUACGCGGGAUCCAACGAUACAAUAACUUGAUAAAGCGGGUAAAUGAAUUGGGACUACAAGAAUGCUAUUCGUUGAAACAUAUUAUCGAUGGAAACGAAAUAAGAAAGCUGCUAAACAUAAAACCGGGGCCUCAAGUGAAAGAAUACUUGCAGUCGGUGAUCGGAUGGCAACUUGAACAUCCCGACGGAACAAAAGACGAAUGUAAACAAUACAUUAAAGAGAAAUUUGGAAAGGAAGAUUCAUUUUGA